AUGUCAGAAAGUCGUGAGAAUCUGUCGACAAUGGUUGAAAUCGGAGCUCGGUCUUCGUUGAAAACGAUCAAAGAGCUCGAGUCGUGUGAUGAUGAUCAAUCGUUCGAAGAAUUUAGACAAUUAGCAACGAAACUGAAAGUCGAUACGAAUCGGUUUCUCGCUCUUUGCGAUAAUGUUCGACAUUGUCUAUCGCGAGUGGAUAAUUCCACGUUUGAAAUAUUGGAAUUAAAAGAUAAACUGCUUCUUCAGUUUCUACCAUUGAAUGUAUCGUUGAGAAUCACAUUCGUUCUAUCGCAAUUUUUUCGAGCCUAUUCAGAAGCACACAUACCGAUUAAUGAACUUGUUCGUCUAACUGAAUUAUACAGCGAGCCGUUUGAUAUAAAAUCGGUUGCAUUGAAAAAAUUAUGCGAAAGUAAUGAGACGAAAGGACGCUUGCUUAAACUUGCUUUUCAACAAUUGACAUCAAUGGAAGUUCACACAAAAAAAUAUCAAGAUCAAAAAAAUGUUAACCAUUGGGAAAAAAUGUACAUUCGUCUUGCACUACCACGAGCAAAUACGCGAAAAUGGAAAUUUCGUAUAAAAACAUUUCGAGAAGAAGCAAGACUCGGAUAUGAACAUGUGAUUCAAUGGCUUCAUGGAGACGUACCGCAACCAAUGAAAGAACUCAUCGAUGAUGAGUACACUGACCAAUUUAAUUCAACCGAUGAACUUAUUACGAUGGUAUCUGCGAGCCAACAAAUGUCACAAAACGAUCAUGUCUGCUAUGAUGAGGACACGGAGAUUUUUUUAAGUAGCAGCAUCAUAGAAGAAUCAAAAUUAAUCGAAUCAAAAUCGAUGGUGAUGACAGUCGAUGCUGAAAACCAAAUACGACCGGAUGUUGAUGAUCAACAAACCUCCACUCAAGAUAUUCUAUCAACUAAGGCGCUGAUUAUGCGUUUCUAUCGACCGAUAGGAAUGGACUAUAGUAAAUUUCAAUAUUUUGUUCAUGCUCAAGGGCAAAUAUAUAAAACGAAUAUCUUUAAAGCUGCGAACGAUCGACGCCAAGCAGAUGAACUCAUGGUUGCCAUGCCGAGUUCUUUCAAACGUCGUUCAUUAUUUCAUAUAGAUCAAGAUUCUAUAAAAAUCGAUGUUUUCGGCGAUGAUAAAUUCUGUGGAUCAUUAAACAUUUCAUCGGAAGAUUUACGAAUGCUUGAUUUACCCAAUUUGCAUAAUUCAGUAGCUACCGAUAAUGAUGCAUCGCUAUUGAAUCAUCAGCAUGAUUUCGAUCAACGAUCAUCGAAUAUUUAUCAAUCAUGGAUUUCUCGUACACCCCAAUUAUUUUCAAUUUAUGAUCCGGACGAUGAAUCGAUUGGUAAAUUACCAUUACUAAUGUUUUGGUAUAAUAAAACCGAACAAACUCAUUCAACAAAAUCUACAAUGACAAUUCCAAUGGAUUUCGAUGAAUCCACAUCGAAAGUCACUUCUACUCAACAUAGUGAAGUGACUGAAAGUGUUACAAUGUCAGUCAGCACCAAAACAACAAAUGACAAUUUUGAAUUGAAUAUCUCAGAAAUCGUCGAUGAUCCUAUGGAACUUCUUAAAACAGCUUAUGAAAAUGAAAUAACAAAAAUUCAUGAAAAUUAUCAAGCGGAAAUCUAUCGAUUAACAAAUCUUUUGAAUGGAUUAUUAUCUCAACCACCAACAGAAGAAAAUCAAUUCGAAAACAUCUCAGAAGAAACUGUUGUAGAACAGCCGUCAUUGCCAAAUAAAUUUCUUAAUCGUUAUAAAAUGCACACGGAAAAAAGUACGGCACAUCGUCGUGAAUUAAUUACGAAAAUUGAACAAGAAACGACAUUAGCUAAUGAACGUCAAAUGGAAAUGCAACAUCGUUUAUAUAAACCAAAAGAAACUCACGCAUAUAAUGAUGAUUUAUGUUUACCUGCUGUUUUUAUGCCUUUCCGUUCGGGUCAUAUUUUUAACCCAAGAGCCUAUCAAUUUUUUCAUUCCAUUGGUUCAACUAAUCCUCGAUUAACUCAAGCACCCACUAUUUUAAAACUUCCGCCACUUCCGUCUGGAUCAGUUUCUGUACUAAAUCUAUUUGAAUUAAGCCAACGUUACGAUAAUUCAAAUGAAAAAACAUAA